AAUUCAUAGUCAGUUUGACAUUUGACAGGUAUGUACCAAAACUCUUCCACAAAAUGCAACCUUAAACAACUUCUUUUUUAGUCCUAGAAUGUGGUGUGGAAGGGCUGAAGAAUGAGGAGGAGGAGACCAUUCAGCUAGAAAAACCUAAAAAAAUCGGCAUUUCCCAGCCACACUCAGGAAGUCUGCACGUUCCAGAAAGGCAGGUGGGUAAGAGAGCAAUGGAGCCCUUCAUUUUUGAGGACGGUGGCCACAGUGGGGGCGAAAUCAUUCUCCAGUGCAGGGAAAAGACCAGCCCUAACAUUGGACAGCAGUGGCAUCAUGCCGUUGGUCUCCCCGAGAACCACCAAAGCCAAAUGAAGGAGAAACUUCAUAAAUAUACACGCUGUGGGAAGAUCUCAAGCUGCAGAAUGUCUCUUAUUCCACACGAAAGGAGCCACGCGGGAGGGAAAGCUUACAUCUGUUCCGAGUGUGGGAAGAGUUUUGGCUGGAGGACAAAUCUCGUGAAGCACAAGAGAAUCCACACUGGGGAAAAACCCUAUAAAUGCUCGAGCUGUGGUAAAAACUUCAAUGCUAAGUCCACCCUCAUUAAACAUGAGAGGUCCCACACAGGAGAGAAGCCAUUUGAAUGCACCGUAUGUGGGAAGGCCUUUGGCGAGAAAGGGAUCCUGGUGAAGCACCUGAGGAUUCAUACAGGAGAAAAGCCCCAUAAAUGCUCCGUCUGUGGCAAAAGCUUCAUUGAGAGGGGUGCACUGAUUAAACACGAGAGAACCCACACGGGAGAAAAGCCGUACGAAUGCUCCGAUUGCGGGAAGACCUUCAGGAUCAGCUGCCAUCUCAAACUCCACAAAAGGACGCACACAGGUGAAAAGCCCCAUCGAUGUUUGGAUUGUGGCAGAAGCUUUAGUGAGAGGGCCUCUCUCGUGAAACACGAGAGAACCCACACAGGGGAGAAACCUUACGAAUGCUUUGAGUGUGGGAAAAGCUUCCGGAUCAGCUUUCAGCUAGUCAUUCACAAAAGGACUCACACAGGGGAGAAGCCACACGAAUGCUCUGACUGUGGGAACAGCUUCAGGGAAAUUGCUUCCCUGAUCAAACACAAGAGAACCCACACGGGGGAGAAGCCUUACGAGUGCUCGGAGUGCGGGAAAAGCUUCAGGACCAGCUUUCAGCUGAAAACGCACAGAAGGACCCACACGGGAGAGAAACCCUAUCAGUGUUUGGACUGUGGGCAAAACUUCAGCCAGAGAUCUCGCCUCGUGAUCCACGAGAGGACCCACACCGGGGAGAGGCCGUACAGUUGCUCGGAGUGUGGGAAAAGUUUCGUCUCUAGCUCUCACCUGAGGAAACACUCGGUGGUACACACGGGGGAGAAGCCUCACAGAUGCUCGUACUGUGAGAAAAGCUUCAGUAAAAAAUCCAACCUCGUCGUACAUGAGAGAAUUCACACUGGAGAGAAACCGUACGAAUGUUCUGUGUGCAAGAAAAGAUUCUGUAGUUCUUCUGUUUUUCAUAGACAUAUGAAAAUCCACCCAGGAGAGCAAUCCUAGCGGUUUCCACCUCCGUGGAAAGUGUCGGGCAAGAGGCCCCGGCAAUACAUAUAUAUUGGCCCUCAGAAUAUCGUUAAACAUGUGAACCCUCUAGUUGUCCGGGACAUUUCAUCAG